GCGGCAAACGCGAGUGAGGCGCAUCUCUGACGUACUUCCGGGGCGUCGGAACAGGGCGGCCGCGGGAGCCGCACGCCUGGAAGAUGGUGGUUACUAGAUCUUCGCGGCCUCGGGCCGGGAACCAAGCCACGUCAGUUGAAAGCUCGCGGAAGAAGAAUUCUGUUGUCACAAGACUUCAAGUGCACCCAAAAGGCAGGAAGGGGUCUUCACCUGAUAACCCAAAUACUGCUGAAUCACAGACCACUCCAGAACGAAGUCCGACUCCUAAAACCAGGAAGAGUGGAACUACAGGCUCAUUACCAGAAAUGAACAAACCUUCGACAGAUGGCGAGAUCUCUGAAGCAGAGUCAAAUUGUUCUGUGUCUGAGGUCCAGGAUCCUAUUUUCAGAGUAACUAGGAGAAGACAGAUCUUAGUUGCAGGCACCCCAGUUUCUAGUGUAAGGAAAAGGCUGAAAAUAACUCGGGUAAGUGAGUCUCAUACUGAAGAAGAAGUCUCUGAAGCAGAAUCACAUGUUUCAGGUAUUUCUAGAAUUAUACCUGGCACAGAAAUGACAACCAGAAGAAGUAAGGCUAAAUCCCAAAGAGAGCCAAAGCAAGAAUGCCAUGUGGAAGUUAUUUCUGACACUGAGUCAUCGUGCUCAGACAUUUCUUCAUUUAAUGGAAUUGCAACUAGGAGAACAACAAGGAGUAUGCAAAGGAAAUUACAGGCACAAACUGAGGAGAAUGAUACUAAGAUUGUACUAGAAAAUGAGAAGGAAAUCACACAUACACCUGUGAAUUUAGAGGAUUCAGUUAACAGACGAACUUCUCGUUUACCAGCAAGAUCACUUUCUCAGAUAAAUAAGCCAAAUUUCUCUAAUAAUGAAAUUUAUAAUGACCCUGAUGAUGAUUCCGUCUUUGGAAUUUCAGAAAAAAAACUAGCAGUGAAAAAAACCCGAAAUUUUACCAUAAGAGAGGAAAAGCAGGACAGUAUUUCACCUCUCAAAGAAAUAUCAAAGCAGAAUUGUAAAAGUUUAGAUGAAGAAGCCAAAAAAAUAAUAGUUGGGGGAAAAGAAGGUAAUGAAAAGAACUCUCAGUUGAAGAAUCUUUCUGAACUUCAGGACACUGGCCUUCAGCAGUUAGUUUCUCAAAGGCAUUCAACCCCUGAAAGUAACAAAACCACAUCAGAGUCCACAACUCUGAACUGUGAGGCUGUGAUGAAAUCGUUAGCCCAAACAUUUGCUGUUGUGAAAAUGGACAGAUGGAAUGGAGAGAGAAAGAAUGCCAUAAAAACAAGUGACAGUUCAGAACCUGGUGAUGAUAGUGAUAGUGAUGAGGAAGAGUGCACAGUUAUAGGUGUCAGUGAAGACAUGAGCGAAGAAAAGGAGGUAGAUUCUGAGAGUGUUACCAAACCAAGUAAACUUGAGUUCAACACAACUCAGGAUAAAGAUGAUUCUGUUUUGUUAGUUCUCAGCAGUGAUGAAAGCCAGCAGUCUGAACACAGUGAGAAUGAAGAGGACACUGUGUGUUUUGUUGAAAAUAAGGGUAACAAAGAGUCCCUAAAUGGAGACUCAGAAAGUCUGUCACGUGACAAUGCAUUGUUUGUGAUUGACACUACUCCCGGAUUGAGUGCUGAUAAAAAUUUUUACUUGGAUGAAGAAGACAAGGCAAGUGAGGUUGCCAUUGAGGAGGAGGAGGAGGAGGAGGAAGAAGAAGAGGAAGAAAGUGAAGAAGAACUAUCAGACCAUGACAGAAAUAAAGAUAAUGAGUUUAGUGAUGAAGACAACUUGCUAAGUAACACAAAAUCUAAACUUCUGAAGUUGACGAGCAGCAGCAUAGAUCCUGGACUGAAUAUUAAGGAACUGGGUGGUUUGUAUAUUAAUUUCAAUGCAGACAAGCUACAGUUGAACAAGAGAACCCUAACACAGAUAAAAGAGAAAAGGAAAGAUGAGCUUCUGCAUAAAACUGUCAUUACUCCUGAAUUUGAAAAAAACUACUGUGUCCCACCAUAUAGUGAAUCAAAAUAUAAACUUCAGAAAAAACGCAGACAAGAGCGACAAAAAACAGCAGGUGAUGGAUGGUUUGGUAUGAAAGCGCCAGAACUGACAGACGAACUGAAAAAUGAUCUCAAAGCACUGAAGAUGAGAGCUAGCAUGGACCCAAAAAGGUUUUACAAGAAAAAUGAUAGAGAUGGCUUCCCUAAGUACUUCCAGAUUGGAACCAUAGUUGACAAUCCUGCUGACUUCUACCAUUCACGAGUUCCCAAGAAACAAAGGAAGAGAACUAUUGUGGAGGAACUGCUGGCCGAUUCUGAGUUCAGAAGAUACAACCGAAGGAAGUACUCAGAGAUAAUGGCUGAAAAGGCAGCAAAUGCAGCAGGAAAGAAGUUUCGAAAGAAGAAGAAGUUCCGUAAUUAAGAUUCACCAAGCAAAUCACAAAAUUGAUACUGCAGUCUUUUUUUUUUGGCUGCACUGCAAAUUAUACAGAAUCUUAGUUGCCUGACCGGGUUUUGAACCUGCACCCUCUGCAGUGGGAGCAUGGAGUCUUUGCCAUUGGACCACCAGGGAAGUCCCUUCAUGUAUUUUUUUAAGUCACAUAAAUAACUUGGAACAAAGUAGAGAUUUAUUAACAAAUGUAAAAUACCUUAUUCAGUGAAAUACUGAAAUAAACUGAAAUACUUCAACUAAAAA